CUUAGCCCAUCAAUGUCUCUUUGUAAAUUAAUAAGGGAAUUGUAACUACCUGCAUGGCAGUCUGGUUAUCUGUUGUUAAGGAGCCAUGUUGAAGUUCAAAUACGUGAGUCAGGGAACCCUGAAAGCGCUGAGCUCCGCGGACCCCAUCACCAGCCGCAGCUCACGACUCCAUCAGGUGUUUCAGGGACGAGUUAGCCUUGGUGGGCAGCAGGGAGGAUGUAAUCUGGGUCGGGAAGACUUUCUGGAGGCUCUGGUGUUACUGUAUAAAGAGUGCAGCUCCCCAGAGCUCAUGAAGAUACAUCAUGUGGCCAAUUUUGUCAAUAAGUUUUCUGAAGUGGUCUCAGAGCUGCAGGCUUUGCAGCCUGGGUUUCAAGACUUUGAAGUGCGUGCCGUGGUGGGUCGUGGUAAAUUCGCUGAAGUCCAAGUUGUCCGGGAGAAGGCCAGUGGUGAUGUUUGUGCAUUGAAGGUCAUGGACAAGACAGUUUUACGCACUCAAGAAAAUGUGGUUUUUCAUGAAGAGGAGCGGAGGAUUUUGGCUCUGAACAGCAGUCCCUGGAUCCCACAGCUUCUCUACGCUUUCCAGGAUAAAGAUCAUGUCUACCUGGCGAUGGAGUACUUGCCAGGUGGAGAUCUGAUGUCUCUGCUAAACCGAUACGAGGAUCAGUUUGAUGAGUCCAUGGCUCAGUUCUAUUUGUCUGAACUGGUGGAGGCCAUUCAUACUGUCCACCAGCUGGGCUACGUCCACAGGGAUGUCAAACCAGAAAAUGUUCUCAUCGAUCGGACCGGUCAUAUUAAGCUGGCAGAUUUUGGAUCAGCUGCCAGACUAACUGCUAACAAAACAGUAACUCCCACAGUACCCGUUGGGACCCAGGACUUCCUCUCUCCGGAGGUCCUGGCAGCAAUGAAUGGGGGCUCUCACAACACAUAUGGGGUUGAGUGUGACUGGUGGUCCCUAGGGGUCAUAGCCUAUGAGAUGAUCUAUGCCAGGUCGCCUUUUUCUGAUGGCACUUCUACCAGGACCAUUCACAACAUCCUCAAUUUCCAGCAUUUUUUAAAGUUUCUGGAGGAGCCGCGAGCCAGUAAACAGUUUGUAGACCUGGUGCAGAGCUUGUUAUGUGGAGCCAAAGAGCGAUUGGGGUACCAGGGACUCCGCUGUCACUCUUUUUUCUCCUGCGUCGACUGGAACAACUUAAGACAAGUUCUCCCGCCUUUCGUUCCUGCGUUGCACGCUGAAGAUGACACCUCUAAUUUUGAGGAGCCGGAGAAGGCAGCCCCCCGGCCAGCCUCAGCAGCCCAGCGAGGAGCUCUGCCAGCGGGCUUCCAGGGCCAGGAUCUGCCCUUUCUAGGCUGGUUCUUCAGCAGAGCAUUGACAACAUUGGCCAAAACGGAGUCAGUGUCUGCAGGCCUCAACUCUCCUGCAAAGACCAACUCCAUGGAAAAGAAAUUGCACAUUAAAAGCAAAGAACUACAAGAAACUCAAGACAAAUGUCACAAGAUGGAGCAGGAGAUCUCCAGGUUCCAGCGUAAAAUGAUUGACCUGGAGUCAGUGCUCCACCAGAAGGAUGUGGAGCUGAAGGCCUCCGAGACUCAAAGAAACAUCCUGGAGCAAGACCUCGCCACCUACAUUACUGAGUGCAGUAGCCUGAAGCGGAGCUUGGAGGAGGCACGUGUGGAGGUCUCCAGAGAGGAUGACAAGGCCAUGCAGCUGCUGCACGACAUCCGCGAACAGAGCAACAAGCUGCAGGAAAUUAAAGAGCAAGAGUACCAUGCCCAACUGGAGGAAAUGCAGGUAACCAUCAGGCAGCUGGAGGAGGACCUGUCAGCCGCCCGACGCCGCAGCGACCUCUACGAAGCUGAACUUAGAGACUCCAGACAGACAAGUGAGGACCUCAAGAGGAAAGCUGUGGAAUACCAGCAGAGAAUCCAGAAGGCCAAAGAGCAGGGCAGAGCAGAUGUGGAGGAGCUUCUCUCCAAACUUGAGAAGACUAAUUCUGAGCAGCAGGUGAAAAUCCAGGAGCUCCAGGACAAACUGUCUAAGGCAGUGAAAGCGAGCACAGAAGCAACUGAGCUGCUGCAGAAUGUUCGGCAGGCUAAAGAGCGGCUGGAGCGAGACCUGGAGCGCCUGCGAGGAAAAACCGACUCCAGUGACACACUCAAACGUCGCCUUAGAGAGACAGAGGAGGGCAGGAAGACACUGGAGAACCAGGUAAAGAGGCUGGAGAUGGUUGAGCGGCGGGAGAAUAAGCUGAAAGAUGACAUUCAGACCAAAUCCCAGCAGAUCCAGCAGAUGGCUGAAAAGAUCCUGGAACUGGAGGACAACCUGAGAGAUGCCCAGUCAACAGCUCAGCGGAUGGAAACCCAACUGGUUCAAAAGGAGAUACUUUAUGAGGACAAGAUCAAGGUUCUGGAGGCCCAGAUGAAGGUAGACCUGGCUGACAAGGAGAGCCUUGAGGCUAGAAGGGCUCAGCAGGAGGAGGAGUCGAGAGAGAACAGCAAACUCAUCAGUGAACAGAAAGCUACCAUUAAUGCCAUGGAUUCAAAGAUGAAGAACCUGGAGCAACGUAUCGGUGAGCUGUCAGAAGCUAACAAGCUGGCCACUAAUAGCAGCAUCUACACCCAGAAGAAUAUGAAAGCCCAGGAGGAGAUGAUCUCAGAACUUCGGCAGCAAAAGUUCUAUUUAGAGUCGCAGGCGGGCAAGCUAGAGGCCCAAAAUGCCAAACUAGAGGAGCACCUGGAGAAGAUGAGUCAGCAGGAGCAGACCAAGAGGACUCGUCUACUUGAGCUGGAGAGCAGGCUACGGGAGAUGGGCCUGGAACAUGAGGAAGAGAAGCUGGAGAUCAAGAGACAGGUGUCAGAAUUGACCCUCUCCCUUCAGGAGCGGGAAUCCCAGAUUAGCAGCCUGCAAGCUGCGCGUCUUGCCCUGGAGAGCCAGCUGCAGCAAGCCAAGACGGAGCUGGAGGAGACUACUGCUGAGGCUGAGGAGGAGAUCACUGCCCUCAGGAAUCACAGAGAUGAAAUUCAACGCAAGUUUGAUGCCCUAAGAGACAGCUGCUCAGUGAUCACUGACCUGGAGGAGCAACUUACACAGUUGAGUCAGGAGAAUGCUGAGUUGAAUCGCCAGAACUUCUACCUGUCCAAACAACUUGAUGAAGCAUCAGAUGAGAGGGAGGACCAGUUGCAGCUCAGCCAGGAGGUGGACCGGCUGAGGAGAGAGGUAGCAGACCGCGAGAUGCACCUUAACAACCAGAAACAGAACAUUGAGACACUGAAGACCACAUGCAGCAUGCUGGAGGAGCAGGUGGUGGAACUGGAGUCCCUAAACGACGAGUUGCUGGAGAAAGAGAGACAGUGGGAGGCUUGGAGAGGUGCCCUGGAGGACGAAAAAAGCCAGGCUGAAAGACGCACCAGGGACCUGCAGAGACUGCUGGACAAUGAGAAGCAGAACAGGCUGCGUGCAGACCAGCGCAGCUCUGAGUCUCGCCAGGCAGUAGAACUGGCAGUCAAAGAGCACAAGGCUGAGAUACUGGCAUUGCAGCAGGCCUUGAAGGAGCAGAGACUGAAAGCUGAAAGUCUGUCUGAUACCCUCAAUGAUCUGGAGAAAAAGCAUGCCAUGCUGGAGAUGAAUGCCCGCAGCUUACAGCAGAAACUGGAGACUGAGAGAGAGCUGAAACAGAGGCUGAUGGAGGAGCAAGGGAAACUGCAGCAGCAGAUGGACCUCCAGAAGAGCCACAUUUUCCGUCUGACCCAGGGCCUACAGGAUGCCCUGGACCAAACUGACAUGCUCAAGACCGAGAGGACCGAUCUGGAGUACCAGCUGGAGAAUAUACAGGCUGUAUACUCCCAUGAGAAGGUGAAGAUGGAGGGGACUAUCUCCCAACAGACCAAACUCAUUGACUUCCUCCAGGCCAAAAUGGACCAGCCCACCAAGAAAAAGAAGGGUAUAUUUGGGCGGCGUCGAGAGGAUGUUGGCACUACAACUAAUGGGGCACUGGUUCCCCAGGCCCAGCCGGCAGUUCCCAUGCAGUACAGUGACAUGAAACUUGCUUUGGAGAAGGAGCGUUCAAGAUGUGCUGAGCUGGAAGAGGCUCUCCAGAAGAUGAGGAUAGAGCUGCGAUCCCUCAGAGAGGAGGCAGCUCAUUUCAAAGCCCAGGACCAUGUGGCUCCUUCCACGCCGGCUCAGGCCCGCCACCAAAUCCUAAUGUCGGCCAUCGUGAAAUCCCCAGAGCAUCAACCCAACCCCAGUGGUCUGCUAAACCCCUCAACUCGCUGCAAGGACACGCCUGAAGAGUUUGGUCGUCGUGUGAAGGAGAGAAUGCACCACAACAUCCCACAUCGUUUCACUGUAGGCCUCAACAUGAGGGCUGCCAAAUGUGCCGUCUGCCUGGACACUGUGCAUUUUGGACGACAGGCUGCCACUUGUCUAGAGUGCCACACCCUGUGUCAUCCCAAAUGCUCACCGUGUCUUCCGGCCACCUGCGGCCUGCCAGCUGAGUAUGCCACUCACUUUUCAGAAGCUCUAUGCCGAGAGAAGGCAAACUCUCCUGCACUGCAGGUCAAAGAGGCCAGUGGGCAUGUUCGCUUGGAGGGAUGGAUGAAGCAGCCCAGAAAUGGCAAACGUGGUCAGCAGGGCUGGGAGAGAAAAUAUGUGGUGCUAGAUGGAACCAGAGUAUCUGUCUAUGAUUCUGAGCCCAGAGAAGACUGUAUUAGGGCUGAGGACGAGUUCGAGCUCUGUCUGCCUGAUGGAGAGGUGACUGUUCAUGGAGCUGUUGGAGCCUCUGAGCUCAUCAACACUGCAAAGUCAGACAUCCCAUAUGUGCUGAAACUGGAGUCACAUCCUCACACCACCUGCUGGCCAGGCCAGUCCCUCUACUUCAUGGCUCCCAGCUUCCCUGAUAAGCAGCGCUGGGUUGCUGUACUGGAGUCUGUGGUGGCCGGUAGCCGUGGAUCUAAAGACAAAGUGGAUGCUGAUGCUAAACUUCUGGGAAACUCUCUGCUGAAGUUGGAGGGUGAUGACCGUUUGGACAUCAACUGCACUCUGCCUCUCACUGACCAGAUCGUGUUGGUUGGUUCUGAGGAGGGUUUGUAUGCUCUAAAUGUCAUAAAGAACUCUUUGACCCACAUCCCUGGCCUGACCUCGGUCUUCCAGAUCCAGAUCCUGAAGGAGCUUGAUAAGCUGCUGAUGAUCACUGGAGAGGAUAGGGCCCUGUGUUUGGUGGAGAUCAAGAAGGUGAAACAGUCCUUGUCGCAGUCCCAUCUCCCAGCUCAACCUGACCUCAACCCCUUCAUCUUUGAGACAGUCAAGGGAUGCCACCUCUUCUCCUCUGGAAAGAUUGAUAAUGGGACCUGUAUCUGUGCUGCUAUGCCCAACAAGAUUACAAUUCUGCGACUUAAUGAAAGCCUCAACAAGUUCUGCAUCAGAAAGGAGAUUGAGACAUCAGAGCCAUGUAGCUGUAUCCACUUCACUGGCUACAGUAUCAUUAUUGGCACCAACAAGUUCUAUGAGAUUGAGAUGAAGCAGUACGUGCUAGAAGAAUUCCUGGAUAAAAACGAUGUGACGCUCGCUUCAGCUGUGUUUGCCGCAUCCUCCCAUAGCUUCCCCAUCUCCAUCAUCCAGGUCACCACGGCUCCCCAGAAAGAUGAAUACCUGCUCUGUUUCCAUGAGUUUGGUGUGUUUGUGGACGCGUAUGGCCGCAGGAGUAGAAGUGACGAUAUCAAAUGGAGCCGUCUGCCUCUUUCGUUUGCCUACAGAGAGCCCUACCUGUUUGUGACCUACUUCAACUCUCUGGAUGUUAUUGAGAUUCAGGGACACGCUGCUCUGGGACCUCACUCAUACGCACACCUGGAUAUCCCAAAUCCGCGCUACCUUGGCCCUGCCAUCUCUUCUGGGGCUAUCUACUUGGCCUCGUCGUACCAGAAUAAAUUGCGGGUUAUUUGCUGCAAGGGCAACCUGAUCCAGAGCCAGGAGGGUGGCGGAGACCUGCAGCGUAACGGUUCCGGACGCAGUCCUAACAAGCGCGGGCCUCCUUCCUACAAUGAGCACAUCUCUAAAAGGUUGGCAGCCAACCCUCACGUCCAUGGAGACCCCGGCACACCUCACCGCUACCGAGAGGCACGCACAGAGUUUCGGCGUGACAAGUCCCCCAGCCGUCCACUGGAGAGAGAGAAGUCUCCAGGCAGGAUGCUGGAGAGCCGGAUCGUGGGGGAGAGGUCCCCUGGACGUUUUGAAGAGCGCCAAAGGCUUCAUACCGGCUCAGGACGCACACCCAUAACUCCUGUUAACAAGGUAUGGGACCAAUCAUCUGUUUGA